ACAACAGUACAGUUUUUAAUUUAACUUAGAGCAAUGAGCAAUAUACUUGUUGCAAAUUGCAAUUUUAUUCAAAUACUAUGGAAUCCUCGACGGCUGCAGAGAUUAAGCCUCAUCCAAAUUGUGUGGCUGUAGAUAACAACUACUUUUUAUCAGCAGAACAAAAACAGUUUUAUGUAGAAAAUGGGUACCUUGUUAUAAAACGGAUGUUUGAUUUCGAUGAAUUAUACAACUUUAAACAGCAUUUUAUUCGUCUUGCCAAAGGACUGGUGGAUAAAGGAAAUUCAACAGUAGUUCGUGAGCCUUCUCUUGUCAAGAAGGGGUUGAAAGGAGAGCAGGCCAUUAAUAAGAUCCAGGACAUCCAGUAUGACGAUGUUUUUAUGACCUAUACAGAGAAUCCAAAACUGUUGAAUGUUGUCUCACAGUUCAUUGGUGAUAACAUACGAGUGAUGCAUAGUAUGUUUAUCAAUAAACCACCUGGCUGUUCUCAUCACCCACCCCAUCAGGACCUAUUUUACUUCCCCUUUCGUCCUGCAGAGAAAAUCAUAGCGUCAUGGACAGCUGUUGAUGAAGUCACGAAGGACAAUGGCUGCCUCUUCAUCGAACCACGGUCUCACAAGUUGAAUCAUUUGUAUGCACAUGGGCAAUUGCCGGAUGCAAAUAAAUUGUACCACGGUAUAUUAGACAAGUCGGUGUUUGACAGCAGCAAGUAUGUCCAGUUGGAGAUGACUCCCGGAGAUACAGUGUUCUUUCAUCCCUUACUUGUUCAUGGAUCUGGACCAAAUAUUACUAAGUUCUACCGCAAGUCGAUAACGGUUCACUACGCCAGCGGUUACUGCCAGUAUGUGGACGUGGGUGGGACUGUCCAAGAGGUUGCCGCCAAAGAUAUUGAGAACGAAGCCCAAAGAAGAGGAUUUGACCUCUCUUUUGUGGAUACUUGGCGACUUAGAAGCAAGCAAGUGAUGGGAGCGAGAGCAAACCUUUAAAAGGUCCAGUCCAGACGUAACUUUUAUGAUGAUCCUUAUAUAAGUAUAAGACAUUCCUUUAUGUGAAAACAUUUUGUGGUUACGGUAUAUAGAUGUCGCUCAUAAAUUCUAUUGCUGCCAUUUCCUUUGGCCGUUAAACUUCGUUCAAUGAUAUUUCUGUCGACAUUUGACUAUCUUAAAAGAGAAACCGUAUUUGGAACUAAACGGGAACACGAAUUUCUAUAGUCUAUACUAAUUGUGUGAAUAGAAACCACGCCACAAUGGUAAGUCAGUAGGUACUGUUCCGGGUUAGUAUCGUCCUGUGUCGAUAUUUUUAUCGAGCGGCAAUAACUAUUUUAAUACAAGAAUUAUUCACCCAUAUAUAGUAAUUUCAGAGAUUUUUAUUAGAGUCAUUUUACACUUUUAAUAUGCUUAAGUAAUUGGUAAUAAUAUGGUAAUGGGUAGUUGGUAGAUUGAUUAAUUUUUACAGUAUUAAAUGUUGUUUUUGAAAACCAGAAAUUGUGACCAAUUUGUAUUACCGUCACAAAAACUAAUACGAAAACUCCUGUUUCUUUAAUAAAUAACAAAUAUCUUAUUCUUUAAAAAAAAUCGACGCUUUCGGCUUUCAAAAACUGAUUUUAUUGUAAUUUUACGUGUGUAAGGCUGUAUAAUUUUGAUGUAAAUUGCCUUUUAUGUAAUCAAUUUUACGAUGGGAUUUGGGGACGCCACAAAUAUAUUAUUUAAAAAAUGAUAUUAAGAUUUAUACUAUGUUAUUUUUAAUUAAUGGAUAUGGUGCAAUAAUAAGCUGUAUUAUGAUAUUAACUGUGAUAGUUUGGUGUUUUUAUGAAUUAUAUAUAGUGUUAAAAUAUAAAGACUUGACAGUUAAACAUGUACUUUGACUAGAAAUAUAUUUAAAUAUUUUUCACCUGGGUGAUAUUAUGAAUAACAAGAAAACACAUUGUACUAAAAUACAUUUAUUAAUAAAUCUAUGGUUUGGUCUUGA